AUGUCAUCCAAAACCCUCAAAAUCGCCGUCAUCCCGGGUGACGGCAUUGGCGUCGAAGUCAUGCCCUAUGGUGUGCAAUGUCUAAAAGCCGCCGCCCAGGUCUUUGGCCUCUCGCUCGAGUUUGAGCACUUUGACUUUGCCAGCUGCGACUACUAUGAGAAGCACGGCGACAUGCUGCCGCCAGACUGGAAGGAAAAGCUCUCCAAAUUCGACGCCAUUUACUUUGGCGCCGUCGGCAUGCCCAGCAAGGUGCCCGACCACGUCUCGCUCUGGGGCAGCCUACUCAAGUUCCGACGCGAGUUUGACCAGUACAUCAACCUCCGGCCGUGCCGACUCAUGCCGGGCGUGGCGUCGCCGCUGGCGGGGCGCAAGCCGGGCGACAUUGACUUUUGGGUCGUGCGGGAGAACACCGAGGGCGAGUACAGCAGCAUCGGUGGCAAGAUCUUCGAGGGCACGGAGCGCGAGACCGUCAUCCAGGAGACGGUCAUGACCCGGGUGGGCGUGGACCGCGUCCUGCGGUACGCCUUUGACCUGGCGCAGAGCCGGCCGCGCAGGAAGCUCACGAGCGCCACCAAGAGCAACGGCAUCAGCAUCACCAUGCCGUACUGGGACGAGCGGGUCGCCGAGAUGGCCAAGUCGUAUGGCGACGUGAGCGUGGAAAAGUAUCACAUUGAUAUUCUGACUGCGCACUUUGUCCAGCGGCCUCAGAUCUUUGAUGUCGUGGUCGGCAGCAACCUGUUUGGCGACAUCAUGUCCGAUCUGGGUCCCGCCUGUACCGGCACCAUCGGCAUUGCGCCCUCUGGCAACCUGAACCCCGAGGGCAAAUUCCCCAGUCUCUUUGAGCCGGUACACGGCAGCGCGCCAGACAUUUACGGCAAGGGCAUCGCGAACCCGGUGGGUAUGAUUUGGGCGGGACAAAUGAUGCUCGAGCACUUUGGAUACAAGGAGGCCGCGGCAGCUAUGCUUAAGUCGAUUGAGAAUGUGCUGGCAAGGUCGGAUCAAGCCAUCAUCACGGGAGAUAUGGGCGGAAAGGGAACGACAAAGAGCUUGGGCGAUGCUAUUGAGGCUGAGAUAUUGAGUUUCAGCAAGAACUAA